GGGCAGCGCGGCGGGGCUGUGGCUCCCUGCUGGUCCUGGACUCUUGGGCCCUUGGAGUCCUAAUGGGCGCUGGAAGCGGGGCGGUUCCUCCCAGGCCCGGUCGCGGCGCCCCUGCCCGGCACCAUGGACGCCCUGCCCGUCACCUCCGGGGAGCUGCUGGGCCUGGCCUCCAGCCUGGCCUUCUCCGGCCUCUUCUAUUACCUGUACAGGAAGAAGGCCAAGGCGCUGGCUCGGAUCCAGGAGGCCCCGAAGCUUCAGGUAGACGAUGGUCUGCCUGACCUGCUGUCUGCCACCAGUGGCCAGUGCCUGCAUUAUGUUGCCUUGGAAGGGAUUGUCCUGCCAGCAAAAGCAGCUCUAUCCAGCCAGCACCACGAGGAGCUGCAGGGAGUGAUCCAGAAACUAGUUCUGAAGGAGCAUCGACUGAUCUGGAACAGCCUAGCCCGGAGUUGGAAUGAAAGUGAGCGGGUGGUUUCGGAGCAGGUGUACACGGUGCCCUUUGUCCUGACAUCUCCCAGUGCUGAGGCAGUGACACGGGUGAGUAUAGAGAGCCCUCUACGGGCUGUCCAGCUGCCCCUGGAGACCGUGUAUGAGCGCUUCCAGCACCCAACCCACGGCUUCAAAGACCUGAUCAGUCACUACCUGAGCGGGGAGAAGCCCAAGGGCCUCUUGGAGACAGAGGAGAUGCUGCGAGUGGGGGCAAGCCUGACUGGCAUCGGGGAGCUGGCCAUGCACCCAGAUGGGACUCUCCACCUGCAGCCCCCAGCUGAUGGGUCCAGCUACUUUCUGCACCUGGGGGACUGGCAGACGCUGCUGGCGGAGAUGGAGUCAGUGAGCAGCUUCUGGAAGGGGGCGGCAGUGCUGUGUGGCUUGACAGGCGUGGCGGUGAUCCUGUACGCCCUCUGCCAGGCCUAUCAGCAGCGCCGGCACAAGCAGGAGGAGCAGCAGCGGGAGUUUGAGGCCCUGUGGGGCAACGGGGACAUUGCAACUGAGUCUGGGGAGGAUGCGUCGGAGGACGCCUGCAUCAUCUGCCUGACACGGCCCCGCGAGUGCGUCCUGCUGUGCUGCGGCCAUGUCUGUUGCUGCUUCCGCUGCUACGAGGCUCUGCCUAGCCACACCUGCCCCAUCUGCAGGAGCCCCAUAGACAGGGUAGUGCCCCUCUACCAGGCCUGAGGGGGAGAAGGGGCUUCAAAUGGUACCAGGGCAAGAGCAGUGGAGUCCCUGGCACUAGGCAGCACCACUGUGCCCAUAAAACCCCAGCAGCUUGGGGGGCAGUGUGUGAACCACAAGUGUGUGGUGACUUGGGAUGUGAGCUCACAACCCUAGGGUGGGUGGGGGGAAAUGCUGCAAGCACCACCUCCUAGGCUGGGUUUGAGGGUGUGCUCGUGAUCCCCCUCUUCAGUGCUGGUCACAUGGUGAUUGGAGUAUGUGGCCUGAAUUAGCAUCACUCAGCACGACGCUCUUGCUGAGUUUCCCUCUCUCACCCAAACCUCAUAGCGUGUCUGUUCCCAGCAGUCCUAGCUCUGCUAGGAGAGUCUGGUGGGAACUAAUUUCCUCCAAGUCUCUUCCUGGGUCCGGCCUUCUCAGUGCUGACCCCAGGAAGAGGUUGACUGGAGCCUAGCAGGCCUGCGGUGCAAUGCUCCCUCAGUGGCCGGGGAUGCAGUUCAGACACAGUGGUUUUGCUCCUGCAAAGGGGCCAGAUUUUACACUAGAGUUUAUUUUUCUAGCACGUCUUUGUCACUGCUGUCCAGCUAACGUGCUGGGGAGAGGCUGGCAGAAGCUGGGGGUGGAGACAGGAGGUUCAGGGUAGUUUGGGGCUGUGGGCUUGAGGGCAGAGAGAGCCCGGCUGAGGGGGCAGCAUGCAUUGCACAACCGAACAGCCAGGGUUGGUGCCUUCUGUGCCCGAUUUCCUCUGACUAGGCCCAUGCAGCAUGUUACACAGGCAGCAGCAGUUCAUGGUGUUUGUGUGGGGUGGGGGGGAUGUUUGUCUUUCCCUCAUGAUUUCCUGCGUGAGGGUAUCGAAUUGAAGAGGUUUCCCCUGUGAGUGAGGCCAGCAGCUGGGGCCCUGUGCCUCCCUUACCAUCCAACUCUUAAACCCCCUUUACACCCAGAUGUGGGAGUUUGAGGCAGUGCCACAGCUGAAGCAUGGGAGGGUGGCUUGCAGCAGCCCUGGCUCCCGACUGCCCCCAGCGGUUGGAUCCCAGGAGGAGGACAGUCCUCUGCUCCCCUGCUUAAGCCGGAGGACUAGAGGAGCCACAGUGGAGGCCCUCCCCAAGGAUUGGGUUGGGUUAUGUUUGGCCUCCCAAUUAAAGUGCAGGUGGAAGUCUGCCUGCGAGACCUGGGCUGCCUGGCUGUUUUCCUGCCCAGCUCCCAGGACGAGCCUUAGCUGCAAGGGGGACUCACUGAAUCAAUGUUGGUCAUUAUUUAUAAAGAGACGGAUCAGA